AUGCAGUCGAAAACUGAGGUGUUUUGUGCUCGUCUGACGGAGGCUGGCAUCCCUGCUGAGGUCAUCACAGGAAUCUUCUCCAACAUCUCCAGCAUCUACCUCUUCCACCACCAGUUCCUGCUGCCUGAACUACAGACACGCAUCACACAGGAGUGGAGCUGUAAUCCGCGCAUAGGGGACAUCCUGCAGAAGCUGGCCCCGUUCCUGAAGAUGUACGGCGAGUAUGUGAAGAACUUCGAUCGUGCCAUGGAGCUGGUGAGCACGUGGACGCAGCGCUCCGCUCAGUUCAAGAGCGUGGUCCAGAACAUCCAGAAGCAGGAGGUGUGUGGGAACCUGACGCUGCAGCAUCACAUGCUGGAGCCGGUGCAGCGGAUCCCGCGCUAUGAGCUCUUACUGAAGGACUAUCUGAAGAAGCUGCCCGCCAGUGCUGCAGACCGCAGAGACGCGCAGAUCCCUCACGCUUUCACCAUCAGCGGCAAACAGCGCUCGCUCGAGCUGCAGGCCAGGACGGCUGAGGAGAAGGACGACUGGAUAAAAGUGAUCCUGGCCACGAUUGAGAAGCACAAGCAGAACAGCGAGACGUUCAGAGCUUUCAAUGUCUCCUGCAGCCGUGAUGAGGAGCACACGCCUGACACGCCGGGCCUGUUGAGCAGCGCGAGCACAUGUGAGACAGACGGAGCUCAGCAUGAGAGGAAGAGCUCAAAGAAGCGAGAGAAGGAGAGAGAAACAUGCAAAGGCUGCAGUGAGACCUUCCACUUCACCAAACGCAAACACCACUGCAAGAGCUGCGGCGCGGCCGUCUGUGGGAAGUGUUCGAAGGUGUCGGAGAGCAGGAACAUCCGCGUGUGUAAGCCAUGUUUUGAAGGCCUGCAGGGAGCUGAAGGGACAGCAGGGGGCGGCACUGAGCCCAAGAGAAAACUCGAGAAGCAGCUAUCAGUUGCUCAGUCUUCUCAACGAACAGGAAAAGUUGAGGAGCUGGACCAGGAGCUGGCCAACCAUCACUGAAGCACAACCUCUGCUGCUUUACCAGCAAACCAGCAUACAGGUCUCUCUGGCUGUGACAUGAGAAGAAGAAAGAGUCAAACGUGUUCAGACUGAUUCAGGAUUGUGAAUCAGCGACCGGCUGACCGGAGCUCCUGUCACAUGCUGUAAAGGGAGGAGCAUGAGCCAAUAAGAUGCUUACCCUCACCUCUGGUCCCUCCCCUUUAUAAAAAAAACUCCUGUUACUUGAAAUCACUAUAUCCUCAGCACUUUUUCAUUCUUUCUUUUAAAGAACCUUUCUUCACACGCUCGUUGCUCUUUCAGCUGCAGCUCCGUGUUAGAGCGACUGUUAAUGCACUGUUCCCGUCCGCUGCUCGUGUUGCGCUGGAUGAAGAUGUCUAUAUAAUGUUACGAUGAAUGUUUUGUUGCCUUUCAGAUGUGUUAUUAGUUCAAGCAUUAAGUCACUGUUCUUGUGAUUCACUGUCAGUUCAAACCUUCAUGCACCCCUUUGUUUAUUCUUUCUGAUUUGAAAAGAUGAAAUCCUUAAAAUAGUAAACCGAAGAGACACACUGAACUGAAGCAGAGCAAAAAGUCAUAUUUCACUCAAAACAACAGGAAGAAAUAAUAUUUUGCGUGA